GACUCCAUAUUUUAUUCUCAACUGAUGAGUUAACUUGACCACUAAAGAAGACAAAACAAAAAAAGUUUGUUAUGAUAGAUUAGUCUAGAAUUUAUAGUCAAACUUAAAUAUUAAAAUAUAAUAUUUGUUACAGAAAAGAAACCACCUCGGAAACCACAAGACAAAAGAAAACUCCUACACCCAAAAAAGCUGUGGCUUCUAGGUUAUGCAUAGUUAUUUGAUUUAAUAUAUUGUGUACAUUGUAAAUAGGUUGGACACAUCAUUAACAAAGCCUAGUCCCAAGGGAGUAUGUGUUAUUCACAGAACUGCUGAGAACAAAAAAUCUGGUUUAUGUAAACUAGGAAAACACAAAGAUGGCGGUCGGGCCUCACCUCUUAAAUUUAUUUCAUCACCAAUGUUUCAAUGUCCAAUUUGUGAUGUGUUUCUCCGAAGUCAAGAGUCACACAAAACACUUGAAGUUUUAGAGAUUUCCUCGCUGCUUGAGUUCAUACAUAAACAUGUGGAUAUUGUUUCUACUCCAGGAAAUACGCCUUGUAAUGAACAGUUAACCCUAUUUAAUUAUUUGGGACUUUGCGUAACAUCAAAAUAUAAAACAACAGUAGUCCAUGAAUUGGCCAAAAGAACAAAUUUGUUAAAAUCAUUUGAGACUGUAGAACCUAAGAUUAUUGACUUCUUUAAAUGUAAUUAUUGCCUGUAUGAAACUAAUCUUAUAUUUGCUUUGUCGGCUCACAUGACCUCCAAACAUCAAUAUCUAAAAUGUGAUUCUAAAAAAAAGCCAUUUUUAUAUCGAUUGUUUUGCCAUCGCAGGUUAAAUAAACGUAAACAACUGCCUCGACAAUUGCUCAGACAUUUGGACGCUUGUAUAAAUAAAUUAAGUGAAUUACCAAUUACCAAUAACCCACCUAGACAACCGAGUAGACAACUUAUAUGUGAAUGUUGCGAUGAAGGUUUUGAUUCAUUGAUAGAACUUGAAAAACAUAUUUGGGGACAUGCAAAAAAGUAAAAGUAGGGUUAUAAACAUUUAUAUUAUUUAUAUAAUAUAGUAUAUAAUUUACAUAUAUUGUAUUUUAUAACUGACAUUUGUAUAGACUUUUUAUUGUUUUUAUAAGUUAUAGUGUUAACAUAUUAGAUGUUAUAAAUAUUUUUUAAACUAUUGUUAAUAUAAUUAGCUCGAUUAUUAGGUUAAAGUUAUUUGUUUGAAAUUGUAAUUAAAUUUCAAAGUAAAUAUAAUUAAAAACUACUUAUACUAUUUACCAAUUUCAAUUUCACUGAAAGAUAAACAUAUGCGUUAUUUUAUAUUGAUUUAUGCUUUAAUUUAAUAUAAGUAUGUUUCUGUGCUUAGAAUCUUUUAGCUAUAUUUAAUCAUUUUUCAUUUUUAUUGUUAUGUUAAA